AGCAGAAUUAGAAAGAGCUUAAGAGAGAGAAAAUGUGGCUGUUCAACAAAAAGGGACCAUCUGGAUUCACAGCUUCUUCUACGGCCGAGGAAGUCACUCGAGGAAUUGAUGGGACUGGCCUCACUGCCAUUGUUACAGGUCACUAUUAGCCUAAUCUUUCAGCGGUGGCUAUGAGCGUGCUCAAGUCUCUUUUGUUUGUGUGUAAUUAUUCUUGAAGUGAUGAGCAUAAUGUGGAAGGACUUUCACUCUGCAACGUGUUUUGAUUGAUCGAAAGACAUGGAGCAACUAGCGGAAUUGGUGCUGAAACUGCACGUGUACUUGCCUUACGUGGUGUCCAUGUAGUUAUGGGGAUCAGAGAUAUUAAAGCUGGUAGACAGAUCAAGGAGGCGAUGAUGAGAGAUAAUGAUAACUCCAAAGCGAAAAUAGAUGUCAUGGAGCUGGACCUGAGCUCAAUGGAAUCAGUCAGAAAUUUUGCCAAGCAAUUCAAUUCUUGUGGUCUUCCCUUAAAUUUGCUAAUUAAUAACGCAGGAAUCAUGGCAACACCAUUCAAGCUUUCCAAAGAUAAUAUAGAACUACAAUUUGCGACAAACCACAUGGGUCACUUUCUUUUGACAAACUUUUUGUUGGAUACAAUGAAACGAACUGCCACUGAACAUAGAAAAGAGGGAAGGAUUAUAAAUGUCUCAUCAAGACGUCACCGUUUCUCAUAUCCUGAAGGGGUUCGAUUUAAUAAAAUCAAUGAAAAAUCAGGGUAUAACAGCUUGUCUGCGUAUGGGCAGUCAAAGCUUGCUAAUGUUCUUCACGCUAAUGAGCUUGCAAGACUUUUAAAGAAAAUUUCUCUAGGGAGCAUAGCAGGACAUGUUGCCUCACUGCUGCAUCUCCAUUUGUGUCUAAAACAUAUCAAUCUGCAGCCAAAAAUAAACAAAGAUGUUAUAACGAAUUUUGUACUUGAGGUUGUUGAAACUUGGAGGGGCAGCAUCAUCAGGGAUGUAAUCCUCCUUGCUGGAUGCUGUGAUAAAUCUAACCAUGCUUUAGGACCAAUAGAGGAGGAGGGUGUGGACAUAACUGCAAAUUCACUUCACCCAGGAGCAAUUGCCACUAAUCUAUUCCGUCAUCACAGCUUGAUUGAUGGCUUAGUUGGACUCUUUGGAAAAUUUGUGAUGAAAAAUAUACACCAGGGGGCAGCAACCACAUGCUAUGUGGCUUUGCAUCCACAAGUUAAAGGGAUAACUGGAUGUUACUUUGCUGACUGUAAUGCAGCUGAAACAAGCUUACAAGCAUCAGAUCCAGAUUUGGCAAGGAAACUCUGGGAAUAUACGUCAGACUUGGUUCAAAGUUGAUUUCAGGUUCCUAAAGGCUAAUGUGUAAUUUUUGCUUUGGCGUUUGGUCAUGUGAAUGAAGAUUUAAACAAACAUUCCUGCUCACUGAAUCUCACUAUCUCGCUGCAUGACACCACACCUUGCUAGAUAUUUGAAAAGCCUUAUUUGAUGUGGUAAAUGAUUUUCAUGUCUUAGAGAUGGGUUCAGCUUAAUUUAUGCUUGAAAUUUUGUAAUAACAAUUUUGUUUGGCCAUUCUAUGUUUAACUGGCGGACGAUGCAUUUUAGAA